GUCAGAAAUCUGCAGUCAGCUGUCGAUGUCGAGGCGACGAGGGUCGGAGAAUGCUGAACCUAUUUUUCAUGAAAAUCCUGCAUACAUGUACGUAUGAAUUAUUUCUUUGGAUUUACGGCUUUUGUGAAGGUUGCCUACACAGAUGCUUGGCUUGCAGAAAUAUCUGAACGCUGAUGUUCAUCAGAAGAUUCCAGUUAGAAUUGUGAACGCCUACACAAGGCGAUGAACAGCCUUCCAGAAACAUGAUCGGCAGCCAACAUCUGCCGUUUCAUUUGUAAACAGUUUCUGUGGCUGACGAGUGGAAGCAAAACUUUUGAAGUUGGAAGAUUUUGUAGAUCUGAAGGAGUAUCAAGAUUGCACUUGUACAUGGCACACGUACACGGAUGACUUGUGAAGACUCAAUCUGGCAAAUUAUGCAAAUUUAAAAGAAUUUGAAUGUUAUAGCACUGUUCAACUUGGCAAAUUUCUUUUGAAAGAGCACAUUUUGCUAUAAAUGGUAAAAAGGUUGUUACGAGGAGGACAUUUGAAAUGGCUAUUGGGCGAGGUUUGUACAAAUAUGUGGCCACCGAGCAUGUACUGAUUGUGUACAUGUUGGCCUAUAGCCCCAUCAUCCCCACCCAGACGCAAUACAUUGAGAAGCGAAUCAUAGAGCAGCUGGGAGUCAUUAACUUCACCCAGUCCAAGUGUGACGCGAACAAGUCCAGUCCUGAGUAUAGACUUCGGGAGAAGGUACAGCAGGAGUCCAGCGUAUGGUCCCUGUACCUCACCGCAACCUUGGCCCUCGCUGUGAUAUUCUCGGCAAACAUCUGGGGAGCGCUGAGCGACAAGUACGGCCGCCAUGUCGCGCUCGUCAUGCCCUGCGUUGGCCUUGCUGCGAACAGCGCCGUCAACCUGCUUGUCGUUUACUUCCAUCUCCCCUUGUACGUUCUGAUCUUUGGCAGCCUAGCGCAAGGGAUCGGCGGCGACAUCACGACCUUCAUCGUCGGCUGUGCAGGGUACAACUCGGACGUGACGAUGCCGGAGAGUCGGGAGCGUACUAUCCGCUUCAUCCUGAUCGACGUCUUUUACUGCUUUGCGGGGAGCAUAUGCCAGUUUUCGCUGGGGUUCAUCAUCAGAACAUUCGGCUUCGAGGCGCCCUACCUGUCUGUCAUCGGUUUCGUCGUGAUCACGGCAGGCUUCAUAAUCUGUCUUUUGCCGGACCGACGCGUGGCUGACACCGUUACUUUCGUCAACUCCCGCGAGGAAGAAGUCCCCUCGAAUCCACUGAACAUCGUUAAGAACGUCCGUCGCGUGUUCACGCAGGACAAACUCCGUGGUUGGCUCCUGGCUGGUUUUAACUAUAUCAUUUUCUCCAACAUACUGGUUUCUGUGGCGUGGGUGGCUAUCAGUGUGCUGUACACUACAGGGGAGCCGUUUUGUAUGGAUCCGCUGUAUGAGGGAUACUACCAAGGCACUAUGAACGGUAUUUAUGGGAUAGGUGUUUUAUUCGGAGGAACUGUAGUCUGCAAGUAUCUGUCCAAAUUUUGGUCGAUGCAUCUUGCCUCUCUCACCAUUGUCGCUUCCCUGGUGAUCACGGCCGUCGCCCAGAAUUACUUGACACUGUACUUGGGUUUGGCAGCCGGAUUUUUUACGUUUCUGACGACCCCGCUGUGCAGGACAAGCAUGGCCAACCUGGUGGGCCCUAAUCAACAAGGGGUUGUUUUUGCCUUCAGCGGUUGCCUAAUGAGCCUGGCUGGUUUCCUGUCUCCCAUCAUCUUCAAUGCCAUCUACAGCAGCACUCUGCAUUUCAUGACCGGAUUCGUCUACCUGACCAUGGCGCUGCUAGUCCUGAUUUCAUGGGGCGUCAUUGUGUUACUUCAUAUUUUUGAGCCCAAACGUCGAAACUGCUACGUCGCAAUUGAUGGCCAAGAUGUUGCAGGUGUCAACAGCGACAAGUGUGCCUGAUGUAUACAGUGUGUGAUAAAUGCUUGAAAGUCCCUGGAAGGAUUUGCCUUUUGUCUUUUUUUGUUGGUGCUUGAGUCGAACAAGAUCCGUAAAGAGUCAUUUCAUUAACCCUAACUGCCCUGAAUCCUUCAAAAUCCUCUUUGCCAAAGUGGAGGCAUUUGGAGGAUUGAGGUUACGUGGCAAAAGUGCGUUACUGAUUUCAUAGGAUGCACUUUGUCAAAGUCUUGG